AUGUCAAAUAUUCCUUUCCCACGUCUUCAACCUGCAACGGAACAGGGACCUAAGGCAGUUCUGCCAGAUCUUAACAUUCGUUUAGUGUGCCCCGAUUGUAAAAAUCCAGUUCCAAAUAUUGUUGAAGAAUUUGCAAGUGGAGAUUUAGUAUGUGGGGAUUGUGGUCUAGUUCUUGGGGACCGUAUAAUUGAUACAAGAUCUGAAUGGAGAACUUUUGCUAAUGACGAAGGUGAUGAUCCUUCCCGUGUUGGUGCGGCCGCGAAUCCACUUCUUGAUGGUGCUCAAUUAGAUACUGUUAUUUCGAGAAGGGAUGGGGGUUCAGGAAUGGCCAGAGACCUUAAUAAAGUUCAUGGACGAGCAAAUGCAGUGAAGGGCGAGAAAAAUCUUAUUCAAGCAUAUAAAGAGAUUGCAGCGAUGAGUGACGCUAUUGGAUUAACAAAAUUGAUCGCUGAUAUAGCGAAACAAUUGUAUAAGAGAGUUGAAGAAGAGAAACUUUUACGUGGUAAAAGCACUGAAUCAAUUAUUGCCGCUUGUAUUUUCAUUGCCUGUCGACAAGAAAAUGUACCUCGUACAUUCAAGGAGAUUUGUGCCAUCACACGAGUUCCUAAAAAAGAGAUUGGAAGAUGUUUUAAAACUUUAAUUCGUACUUUUGAAACAAAUGUAUCAACAAUGACAUCAGAAGAUUUGAUGUCCCGUUUCUGCUCCAUGUUACAUCUCCGAAUGGAAGUUCAAAAGGCAGCUCUUGAACUAACUUUGAAAACAAAGGAACUUGGUACAUUGGCUGGAAAGUCCCCUGUAUCCGUCGCGGCAGCUUGUAUAUACAUGGCUUCUUGUUUAUAUCAACAACCUCAGUCAACAAAAGAUGUCGCUCAAGUGACUGGAGUUUCUGAAGUAACGAUUAAAAAUUCUUACAAGUUACUCUGGGUUGAAAAAGGAAAAUUACUCGAUGAAAAGAAAUAUAGUGGAUUUGAGACCUUGCCAUCACCUUAA